AUGGAGGGUGUUCGGGAGGCACAACAACUCGCCAACGCAGCUUCUAGAGCACUGCGAGUCAGAGGUAGUGAAACAUCACUGGCUUUUAACAUCUGGUUUGGGAAAAGUAACGCUUCUCCCCAAAUGGUCGAUAGGCUCAUCAACUAUCACUACUUGACGGCAGGUUCGCAUUUGCCAGCCCCAACUCUUCAGAUGAAGAUGUCCUUUGAAGGCCGGGCUCGGUAUACACCGCAAAACGGUGCCCCAGCACCAGGACUCGACUCUCUACUUUAUGUGUGUCCGUCUGCCGCCAGCCCACUAAGUGAUAUGUGUGGUAGCAGCAAUGGUGAAUCUGUUGUGGCUAGGGUUGUAACCACUCACGUCGCGAACAGACACCGCGUAGGGCCUACGGUACUUAUAGUAUGUCCCGCUUUCUUCAGCAGAACGGGCCCAACCAAUGCCGAGAUGGUGAGAUCCUAUCGACAGAGUAUCGAUACGCAAAAUUUCUCAAAAGGCUUUUUCUUGCUUCACGAGCUUCAGCACAUGCCGAAAGCAACGUCUCCCGACCCCCCUGCCGAAGACAUGCCGGAUCCUCGUGAUCCCAGCCGUGACUGCUAUUCAGUACGCUGCUGUCCCAUGCUGCAACAUAAUCAAAAGAUCAGAAACGCCCAAAACUUUGCAUUCUUUGCUCUCGACGCUGUCGCAUUCCCACAGUAUGCAAAGCCAGGAUCCGCAUCACCCUCAUCAUGA